GAUUCAAUUUUUAGAAGUAUGCCAUGAGUAAUAUUUGUCACUGAUGCAAGUCUUGAGGUAUAUAAAUUCACCCAUGUACCCAAAUUUACUUGAAGAAUUUGACUUUUAUCAACACCCCUUGUGGUGAAUAUGAAAAAGAUUCAAUUUUCAGAAGAUGUCAUGAGUAAUUUUUUUCACUGAUGCAAGUCUUGAGUGGGUGGACAAAGAAGGAAGGACACCAUUGAUUGUAGCGUGCAUGAACCCGAAUGGCUUGAAUGUUGCAAAAGCUUUGCUUGAGCUCGGUGCUAAUGUCAAUGUUUACUGGCUAGGAUAUCAUGCUGGAACAGCUCUACAUCAUGCAGCUAAGAGAGGUCUGGAUGAUACCGUUGAAUUGCUUCUUUCCUAUGGAGCAAAUCCGUUGAUCAAGAAUGAUACUUGCCAAACUCCACUUGAACUUGCUCGAGCAAAGGGUUUUAGCAAUGUUGUCCGUAUUAUUGAGAGACAAAUCUGCAUUUUCUCGGGCUGGAUGAGGGAGUUAUAUGGUCCAGGGUUUCUUGAAGCUUUAGCUCCUCAAUUGCUAUCAAGGAAGAUGUCAAACUGCAGUUGGAUUGUAGUAACACCAUGCGGUUUAGCUGAUCCUACAAAGCCUCUUAAAUUGGAGCUGGCGAUAUACUCAUCCUUACAGGACGCCGAGCCACGUAAUGUUAUCGCCUUAUGGAAGGCUAACGUCGAAGAGAUAAGGUGGCAACAAUCAGAUCCUGUGCUGACAAUUUUUGACAAGACCAGUAAUACUCGAUAUAAGUUUACACCAGUGAGCGAUUCUGAUCAACAACAGCUUCAAUUGUUACACAAAGCAUGUAUUGGUCCAACUGAGGUCCUGCCUACCCGAACUACAGUGCCACAAUCUGAAACCACUGCACAAGCAAUGGAACUGGCAACGGGAUUCAAAGGUUCCAUUCAAUCUGCUAAAGAAAAGAAGAUGCUUCAUCAUCAGGGACAAAGCUCUUCAGUAAAAAAUGAAAAUGACUGGUGUAAUAACCCCAAUGAUUCUGCUCACAACGGAUGGGGUUCACUUGUUAGAGCCCAGCCUACAUCUGAAAUUACUAACCAUGAUUGGACCGAUGACCGAACUAAUGUCCAAGAGAACGGAUGGGAAAGUACUGCAGAUGUAUCUGGUCAAAGACGACAGCUGUCACUUCCUAAAUCUACAUCUUCUGAACUAAGCUGCAGUGGAUGGAUCGACGAGCCUGCUGUGGUAGAAUACAAUGGAUGGGACGUACCCGAGCCUCGACAGAGACGUACAGAUGAAGUUCAUUAUCAAGGAUGGGCAAACACUGCAAAGGACACUGCACUUCGGUCGAUAAGCAAACCAGCAUCCUCAGGAAUCGGUAGCUUUGAAGCGAUGGACAAGCCAGACAAUGCACCUGAAUAUAGGCCUAUUGUCUAUCCAGUUGAAAACGUGGAAACUCAAGAGGGAAAUCAUCCUGCUUUUGAUUUUGUGGCCCCUUCAGCUCCACCAAUUCCAGAAGAGGUUGAAGAUGUUCAUUAUCCGGUCAUAGAUCUUAGCCCGUUGCACUUGUCGAAUCCUCUUGUGGAGCGACCAACAACUUCUGUUACUACUCAAAAGGAAAAUGAACAUGAGCCUGCAUUGUGUAUAAUAUGUUGGGAAGCUUCCGUUGAAGGAGCAUGUGUACCUUGUGGUCACAUGGUUGGCUGCAUGCAGUGUUUGAACCAGAUCAAAUCCGAGAAAGGGGAAUGCCCCAUUUGUCGAGUGAAAAUUGACCAGGUUAUGAAACUCUACUCUGUUUGAAAGGUAAAUAUUUUUGCAGUGGCUAAGUCAGAAAUUUCGUUAAGGGUGUUAAAGAUUUUUUUAUUUUUUAUAAGUAGUUUCUGACCUGUAUAUGCUGUAUAAUUUUCUAUAUGCAUAAUAUAUUUUUUGGCGAAGGGUGUUCAAUUGUCCACAUUUCGGUCUAUGUGGCUCCGCCACUGGUGGUUAGAACUUUGUGAAUUUUAAGUAUUAGUUCAAAUACCAUGCUUGCUAUAAAAA